AUGAGCGGUUCGCAUUCAAAUGAUGAGGAUGACAUAGUGCAAGUGCCCGAGACGUCUUCUCCUACCAAGGCAGCAUCAUCGUCUCCCCUAAAGCCAACUCUGUCGACAGUUCCGGAUGCAAAUGUGGCCUCUUUGAGGAGUAGGUUCACUUUCAAACCUUCAGAACCCAGCGAGGGAGCCCACGCUUCGAAGCCGCUCCCAUCUGGGAGCCCUGAGGUUGCACUGGUUAACCUGGCGAAAGAGUUCCCUGAUUUCUCUCAAACCCUGGUGCAGGCUGUUUUCAAGUCCAACUCGUUCAACUUGCAGUCUGCGAGGGAACGUCUUACAAGAUUGAGACAGCAAAGACAAAACUGGACAUGGAACAAAAACGCAUCUCCCAAGAAGUCAGAGACCCCGCCACCUGUUAAGAAAACACUACCAUUGGCAAACACAGGCCGCUUGUCAUCCAUCCAUGGCAACGUUAACAACAAAUCUUCCAAGAUCACGGUGGCUAAACAGAAAACAUCGAUUUUUGACCGUUACUCAAACGUCAUCAACCAAAAACAAUAUACUUUUGAGCUGCCAAACAACUUGAACAUAGACUCGGAAGCAUUGAGCAAGUUGCCGGUGAACUACAAUAAAAAGAGAAGGCUGGUGAGGGCAGAUCAGCAUCUAAUGGGCAAUUCUCGUGAGUCAGCCGCUACGCAAUUAGGUUCUGCAAGGGAGAAACUACUGGCGAAUCGCAGAUACGGUCGCCAUGCCAACGACAACGAUGAAGAGGAGGAGGAGAGUAUGAUGACCGACGACGACGAUGCGAGUGGUGAUGACUAUACAGAAUCCACACCGCAGAUAAAUUUGGAUGAACAAGUUUUGCAAUUCAUUAAUGAGUCUGAUAUUGUCGAUCUCUCGGACCUCUCGGAUACUACGAUGCACAAGGCUCAACUCAUAGCCUCUCAUAGGCCAUAUUCUUCACUAAGUGCUUUUGUAAGCACAAAUUUUAAUGAUAAGAACACUGAGGAGAAUGCAUCGAACAAGAGAAAAAGACGUGCGGCUGCAUCUGCCAACGAAAGUGAGAGGUUACUCGAUAAGAUCACUCAAAGCAUAAGAGGUUAUAAUGCUAUUGAGUCCGUGAUCAAGAAGUGUUCUUCCUACGGUGAUUUGGUCACUUCGCAAAUGAAGAAAUGGGGUGUGCAAGUGGAAGGCGAUAACUCCGAGUUAGACUUAAUGAACCUUGGGGAAGACAAUGACGACGAUGACGAGGAUGAUAGUAAUAACGAUAAUAAUCAUACCAAUGCUGCUGGUCCAGACGGGAAUGGCAAGGAACAAGAGGAGACAAAGGCAGUGGUGGAAGGUUUUGAUGAAACUAGCGCAGAGCCAACACCCGCACCAGCUGAAAGAGAAGUAAAACGAACUAGGAACACAACUAAGCCAGAAGUAGAUGGAGAUGGAGAAGACGUAGAUUUGGAAGCAAUCGAUGACGAAUUGCCGCAGUCCGAGCAUGAAGAUGAUGACUAUGAAGAGGAAGACGAAGACUAUAACGAUGAGGAAGAAGACGUGGAAUAUGACGAUGAAGACGACGAUGACGACGAUGAUGACGAAUUCGUGGCCACAAGAAAAAACACACAUGUGGUUUCCACCACGAGCAGAAACGGUCGUAAACCUAUUGUUAAGUUUUUCAAGGGCAAACCAAGACUGUUAAGUCCGGAAAUUUCGCUGAAGGACUACCAACAAACCGGUAUAAACUGGUUGAAUCUGCUAUACCAAAACAAGAUGUCAUGUAUCCUUGCAGACGAUAUGGGUUUAGGUAAGACGUGUCAAGUCAUUUCAUUCUUUGCAUAUUUGAAACAGAUAAACGAACCGGGUCCUCACUUGGUUGUCGUGCCAUCAUCGACGUUAGAAAAUUGGUUGAGGGAGUUCCAAAAAUUCGCACCUGCUUUAAAGAUUGAGCCCUACUAUGGCUCUUUACAAGAAAGGGAAGAAUUACGUGAUAUCCUGGAAAGGAACUCUGGAAAAUAUGAUGUUAUCGUGACCACGUACAACUUGGCUGCCGGCAAUAAAUACGACGUUUCAUUUUUGAAAAACAGAAACUUUAAUGUUGUGGUUUAUGAUGAGGGUCAUAUGCUGAAAAAUUCUACUUCAGAGAGGUUUGCUAAACUGAUGAAAAUUCGUGCCAAUUUCCGCCUUUUAUUAACUGGUACACCAUUACAAAACAACUUGAAGGAACUAAUGUCACUGUUGGAAUUUAUCAUGCCAAAUCUUUUCAUUUCCAAAAAGGAAUCAUUUGACGCAAUCUUCAAACAACGUGCCAAGACCACGGACGAUAACAAAAACCACAAUCCGCUGUUGGCUCAAGAGGCCAUUACAAGAGCAAAAACAAUGAUGAAGCCAUUUAUUUUGAGAAGACGUAAGGACCAAGUGUUGAAGCACUUGCCACCAAAACACACACAUAUCCAGUAUUGUGAAUUGAACCCAAUACAAAAGAAAAUAUACGAUAAGGAAGUUCAAAUCGUGUUAGAACAUAAAAGAAUGAUUAAAGAUGGGGAAUUGCCACAAGAUGCAAAGGAAAAAUCUAAAAUACAAUCUUCUAGUUCUAAAAAUUUAAUAAUGGCAUUGCGAAAGGCUUCUCUUCAUCCACUUUUAUUCAGAAAUAUCUAUAAUGACAAAACCAUCACCAAAAUGAGUGACGCCAUCUUGGAUGAACCUGCCUAUGCUGAAAAUGGUAACAGGGAGUAUAUUAAGGAAGAUAUGAGUUACAUGACGGAUUUUGAGUUGCACAAACUAUGCUGCAAUUUCCCGAACACGUUAUCCAAAUAUCAACUUCAUAAUGACGAGUGGAUGCAAUCCGGUAAAAUUGAUGCUUUGAAAAAAUUGCUGAAGACAAUUAUCGUUGACAAACAGGAAAAAGUGCUGAUAUUUUCCUUAUUCACUCAAGUCCUGGAUAUUCUAGAAAUGGUUUUGUCCACCUUGGAUUAUAAAUUUUUAAGAUUAGAUGGGUCCACGCAAGUGAAUGAUAGACAACUAUUGAUCGAUAAGUUUUAUGAAGAUAAGGACAUCCCCAUUUUUAUUUUAUCAACAAAAGCAGGUGGAUUCGGCAUCAACUUGGUCUGCGCGAACAAUGUUAUUAUUUUUGAUCAAAGUUUCAACCCACAUGAUGAUAGACAAGCUGCUGAUAGGGCACAUCGUGUGGGACAAACAAAGGAAGUGAAUAUCACCACAUUAAUUACUAAGGAUUCCAUAGAGGAAAAGAUUCAUCAACUGGCCAAAAAUAAACUAGCUUUGGAUUCGUAUAUCAGUGAAGAUAAAAAAUCUCAAGAUGUGAUGGAAAGUAAAGUUAGUGAUAUGUUGGAGGAUAUAAUUUAUGAUGAAAACUCGAAACCAAAAGGAACGAAAAAUUAA